AUGGCCAUCAUUACCUCACUGCUCAAUUACCCAUCCAGCCAAAGAAUUAGUCUGUACAGCAGUGUCCUCCUGGGGAUUGCGGGCUUCCAGCAUCUCCUGCUGUCCACCUCCAAGCCACUCUCCUUCACUGCUAUCCCACCUUUUCUCCACAAUCACAAGCCACCUACACCAACCAUGGCAGAGAGGGGAGGAGAGGGCAAGGGAGGGCAGAGGAGGACAGGGGAGAGCAAGAGGGGAGGAAAGGGCAAGGGAGGGCGGAGGAGGACAGGGGAGAGCAAGAGUGGGCAGAGGAGGGCAGAGGAGGGCAAGGAGUGCAGGAGAGGGCAAGGGACGGCAGAGGAGUACAGGAGAGGGCACGGGAGGGAAAGGUCAUAUGACGCGACAGAGAGGGCAGGAGAGGGCGAGGGAGACCUGAGGAGGGGAGAGGAUAGCAAGGGAUGGCAGAGGAGGACAGGAGAGGGCAUGUCACGCCAAAACAUCUGGAGCGCACAAAUUACGUGCCAUGACCGAGUUAGUCGCUAUCCGCAGGUUGCUAAGCCAACCGAAGGUACAUCUCCUGCUGUCCACCUCCAAGCCACUCUCCUUCACUGCUAUCCCACCUUUUCUCCACAAUCACAAGCCACCUACACCAACCAUGGCAGAGAGGGGAGGAGAGGGCAAGGGAGGGCAGAGGAGGACAGGGGAGAGCAAGAGGGGAGGAAAGGGCAAGGGAGGGCGGAGGAGGACAGGGGAGAGCAAGAGUGGGCAGAGGAGGGCAGAGGAGGGCAAGGAGUGCAGGAGAGGGCAAGGGACGGCAGAGGAGUACAGGAGAGGGCACGGGAGGGAAAGGGUGGGCAGAGUAGGGCAAGGGAGGGAAGGGAAUGCAAGGAAGGGCAGAGGAGGGCAGAGGAGAGCAAGGGACGGCAGGAGUGGGCAAGGGAAGCAAGGGACGGCAGAGAGGGCAAGGGAGGGCAAGAAAGGGCAGAGGAGGGCAGGAAAGGGCAAGGGAGGGCAGAGGAGAGCAAGGAACGGUAUGGCCGUACACACGUGUUUUGUUCGAUGCUACAGUCAUAUGACGCGACAGAGAGGGCAGGAGAGGGCGAGGGAGACCUGAGGAGGGGAGAGGAUAGCAAGGGAUGGCAGAGGAGGACAGGAGAGGGCAUGUCACGCCAAAACAUCUGGAGCGCACAAAUUACGUGCCAUGACCGAGUUAGUCGCUAUCCGCAGAGCUGCGAAACCCUGAAUGCGGCCCCAAAAGUCAACAACAACUCGACAAAUGGCUCCUUCCGCUGCAAGUACACCAUUCAAGCUGGUGACACCUAUUGGAUCCUCGCCCAGCGGCGUGGCACCACCGUGGGCGCCAUUCAGUCCUUGAACCCGGGAGUUGACCCCAACAGGCUGCAAAUCGGCCAGGUCAUCAAUGUGCCGUGCUCAGGAGGAGGCAGUCCGGAGGCGAUCGAUCGUCAAUGA